AUGGAGCAAGAGGAGAUCGAGGAAUGGAUCAACUACCUGGAGAAGCCUAUCGGCGAUUACUUGUGGUAUGAGCUCGACUUGCCGCGGGACCAGCACUGGAAGAUAUGGGCGGCCAUCUACCUGCCCAUAUCCGGCUACCUGAUGUACUCCAUCCUCCGAUUCGGGAGCCGCGUCUUGGAUGACCCCGAAGGGUACUUCGUGGGCAUAAUUAACUCGACGGUGAAUGGACUUUGUUGGUUUGCAACCUCUCUCUGGGCCAUUGUCAAGGGCGUGUUCGCGCGCACCAUCUUGGUGGGCUAUCACCGAUGGUGCCAGGGUCCCUGGAGAGGCCUCUGCAACGGCAUCGAAGAGGCAGUGGCGAGGCUGCCGGCCCCUGAGCCAGGGUUCGUCCCCGGGGGGUUCCAACAAGACAUCAACGAGCAGGAGUUUCGUGUGCUGACCGAACUCCGGGCCAACGACUUGAAAGCCCGCGAUGCGGCAGAGGAGAAGAACGCUCGGCUGGUGACUGAGCUGGGCAAUCUUCGGGCAGCAGUGGCCUCUCUCGAAAAGAAACUGGAGGAGGCCAACAAGCGCGCAGAGCAGGCCGACAAACGGGCAGACGAGGCCGAAUACAACCAGAUCUCCUGGGCGGUCGCGCCCCGCAGACAGAAGGCCCGGCCAGGGCGUCUCCCAUUCGAGGAGAUACUUUCCGCUCCCUCUUCGCCGGACGCGGAUGAGGUGGUCACGCCGACCAUUCUAGGGCGUCUCCGACGUCUUGAGAAAGAGGCCGAGGAGAAAGACGCCGAGGUCGAUGACCUGCUAGAAGAGCUGGCCGAAGCCAGAAAGACUGCGGUGGCAGUCACUGUUCCGGUCCCGAUGCCGGUGGUCGUCGACACCACCGAAGUCGGCGUGCAGACGGAGGACCUUCCCCUUCCUGAAAAGGAAGUGGAAGUCUUCUCCCCUGUCUACGCCGACCAGGAGGUUCAGACGGACCUUCCUCUUCCUGAGGAAGUGUCUCCUGUCGCCGAAAAGGCGGCAGCAUACGUCGACACCACCGACGCCGGGGUCCAGACAGACCCUGUCCCUGUCCCUGCACCUGCCCCCGCCCCGGUCCCCGUCCCUUCCCCUGUCGCCGCCACAGCCACCAUCGAGUACCAGAUGCUGGAGGAGGAACUCGAAGCAGCCAAGGCUGCACAGGAGUCCCGCGAUGCGGAGGCUCGGUCUUUGAAGGCUGGGCAGGAGGAACUCGACUCGAAAAUCCAGUCGAUGACUGGUGAGCUGGCCACUGCUCAGAAUGCCAUUGCCGCCAUCAGCCAGGAGCUGACCGAGAGCCGGGCUCGCUUCGGCAGCCUUGAAUACGCCUACAACCAAACGGCAGCAACUCUCGGGGCCUGCGACCAGGCGAGACAAGAAGCCGUCGCUCGAGUGGCCGAGCUCCAGGCGGUAAACAACCAGGGCAAUGCAGAGUUGGCACAACAGCGGGAAGCGGUGGCCGAGCUCCAAAAGAGCCUUGAAGCCGCGACCCAGAGCCAGCUGCAGUUGGAGGAGAGCUUCCAGACCGGCCGCCAGCAAUUCGAGGCGGAGAGACUUCAGUUCGAUGAACUGAAGAGGAAGCACGACGAGGAAGUCGCCGAAAAGGUGGCACAAGCCUCUCACGAGGAGAAACUCGUCGUGGCCGGUCGGCAAUUGGAAGCCGAGAACAACGCCCUGAAGAUGAGGGUGGAUGCCCUGGAAUGGUCCGGGAAGAAGCUUGCAGGGGAGUUGCGCGAUGCGCAGGCGGCGUCCGCCACCAAGGACGAGGAAAUCCGCCGACUGAGAGAGCAAGCGGGCCAGACCGGGGCAGGGGCCAUGGACGUGGACAAGUCGUCGAAGAACGUGCUGGCAGCGGCGGCUCUCCCCCAGACUCCGGCAGGCAAGGCUAUGGGCUCGUCGCCAUCGUCACGAGCCUCCAGCGCCGGAGGAGCAACACCCAAGCUGGGAGAGUCGCCGCUCAUAUCGCGACCCCGACCGUCGCCCAUCAGCAGGGGCGUGAUCGAGACGUACCAGCACGUGAUCGACGACUUGACGCGCAAGAACAAGGCGCUGGUGGAGGAGAAGGCGCGGGUGGAGGAGUCGGAGAAGGGGCUGCGGGAGGCGCGCGACGGCCUCGAGGUGGAACUGGCCCUUUUGAAGGAGCUGCACGAGGAGGACGAGCUCGAGGCCCAGGCAGAAAUGCGGGCCCAGCUCAACAAACACCGGGCCGAGCUCGGCGACAUGGAGUGGCAGCUCCGGACAAAGGAGAUCGACCUGACCGUCGCCAGCAACAAGAUGGAGGUCGCCAGGAUCCAGUACGAGGCCGAGAAGCGCGCCGUGGAGGAGUUGAGGGGCCAGGUUGGGCCAGGGCAGGGGCAGGGUUCGGCCGGGCGGGAUCAGCACAGCCCGCGCAAGGGGAAGCGCGUGGCCAGCGAGUCCAGCCUGGUGCUGAAGGAGGCCAAGAAGCCCAUGGUGGAGGAGAAGGGCGAGGAGGCCGAGCGCGAUGCGCAAUGGGCCCUGGUGGUGGCGGCAGAGGAGGAGGAGGAGGAGGAGGUCUCGGAGGAGGAAUAG